GUUGGUAUGGUGGCAGCCGAGGCCUCCAAACUCCAAAGUUGAAUUCUUUCACUUGCGCAAUCCACCUUGGGCCUGGGUUUGAGCACACCAAUAUUACCUUUUUUGGAUGAAUUCCUUUUGCCUGUUUAACCACUGAGGAAUGAUAGUCUCAUGGCAGUUUGGUAAUGGAAAUUCAGUCUCUUCUAUCUGCUGCACCUCCUCGUUGCCUUGGACACACUACCAAAACGAGUGCUUUCAGGGUUUUCUGCCACCAGAGAGAUUCGGAAAAUCGAGCUUUAGUUCGCAAGAUAAUCCGGAAGUGGAAGCACGAACGAGGAUUUGAUCACAAGGAUAGUUAUGCAGCUUGUGCUGCAUUGGUACAAGAUUUAAGUCGAAAAAGAAUGCCUUAUCUAGCUCAGGAGCUUUUACUUGAGAUGAAAUCUGAAGGUUUUCUGCCUAACAGCUCUACAUUGUCGGCUCUGAUGCUAUGCUAUGCAGAUAAUGGCCUCCUUCCACAAGCACAGGCAAUAUGGGAGGAAAUAAUAAAUAGUUCUUUUGUGCCAAGUAUUCAAAUAGUCUCAGACUUAUUUGAUGCAUAUGGUAGGAUGGGACAUUUUGAUAAAGUAACCAAAAUUUUGGAUCAGGUAAGUGCGAGGGAUCUUAGUUUGUUACCUGCAGUUUACUCACUGGCCAUCUCUUGCUUUGGAAAAGGAGGACAGCUUGAAUUGAUGGAAAACACCAUAAAGGAAAUGGUUUCUAGGGGUUAUAUUGUAGAUUCUGCCACUGGUAACGCCUUCAUUAGAUAUUAUAGCAUCUUUGGUUCACUGACAGAGAUGGAGAAUGCUUAUGGCCGCCUUAAAAGAUCUAGACUUCUACUAGAAGAAGAAGGAAUCAGGGCGAUGUCAUUUGCGUAUAUAAAGGAAAAGAAGUUCUACAAAUUAGGCGAGUUCCUGAGGGAUGAGGGUCUUGGUCGGAAAAAUGUGGGGAAUCUUUUAUGGAACCUUCUGCUGCUAUCCUAUGCUGCCAAUUUUAAAAUGAAAAGCUUGCAGAGAGAAUUUGUAAGAAUGGUUGAAGCUGGAUUCCGUCCUGAUCUUACCACAUUUAAUAUCCGAGCUCUUGCCUUUUCAAGAAUGUCUUUGCUCUGGGAUCUCCAUCUUAGCCUUGAACAUAUGAAACAUGAAAAAAUCACCCCUGAUCUUGUGACUUAUGGUUGUUUUGUUGAUGCUUACUUGGAUAAAAGACUUGGAAGAAAUUUAAACUUUGCUUUGAACAAGAUGAACUUGGAUGAUUGUCCAGUAGUUUUAACAGAUCCAUUUGUGUUUGAGGUCUUGGGUAAAGGGGACUUUCAGUCAAGCUCAGAGGCAUUUUUGGAGUUUAAAGGUCCAAGGGAAUUGAAGUAUAGGCAUCUAAUUGCAAUAUAUCUCAAAAAACAGUAUCGGAGGGAUCAAAUCUUUUGGAAUUACUGACCGGUGGCAGGCUGGUUGUGUACAGAAAAUCUUAGCCAGUUAUCAGGGAAAAAAGAUGAUGCAUAAGAGAUAUAUAUUUCAAUUAUUUGGUACAUAGGACUUUGGGAUCAGCUGAAAACAUGUAGUCCUGAAUAGUCUUUGCUAGCGAUUUGAGCAUCAUAUUGUGAGAGACCUUAUAUGGAACUCUUUUACAUGCGCUGCCUAAAUUGCUGCUGGCGAUCCUUAUCCACUUUCCUGAGCUCUGCAUGUGUAUGCACUAGAUAGUUUUGAUAUCUUGUUUGGAAACAUGUAUCCUUUGGUAGGUGUUGAUUUCAUUGAAAUAACUCAGAAAAUGAAUUCGAGAAAAUCCUAUUUAACGGA